CAGCACUCAAAAGCCCUAGAAACUGAAGCGAUCGAAAUCGAGAUCGAGAACCAGACGGCGGAGCAUUUCGAUCGGCGAGAAAUGGAGAAGGCCCUGCGAAUAUACGCCGAGGUUCUGAGGCUGGUGAGGCGGUUGCCGAAGGAUUCGAGGCCUUACUACGCUAAAUACGCUCGAGAGAAUUUCGUCAACUACAGAGAAGUCGAUGCGAACGAUGCGAAAUCCCUAGAAGAACUCUUCCACAGAGCUUACAACCACUCCGUUUGGGUUCUCAACAAGUAUUCGGUGAAUGGAUCUGCGGCGGAUAAGCUGAAGGAGAUUUGUAAUAGCUCCUAGUUAGUGUGCGAUUUCCGUCAUUUGUUUGAAAUAAUGCCUCAAAGGGAUCGGCGUUGGUUUUGCCCUUGCAACUCCGGCUACUACUGCCGCCGUGGAUUCUGACGAAUUCGUUGCCGGUACGCUUUUGGAGGAUUAUUGAAUUAAAAAAUUUUAUGUUCUUCACGUUGAAAAAUAAUGUUUGCAAAUUAUGUUUAUAGGAUAAUUGAGAAUAAGUUGUCUAUUUAAUCA